AAAUUUAGCAGCAUCAGAACCAUUCACUUGAAAACCAGUCAGCGGCAACCAGGGACUAACAACUGAAGGGACAUAGCACUUUUAAUAUUGGAUAAUUUUCCUCUCAUUGGGAUAAUAAUUAUACUCUGGGACCACUGUAAACUUCUGGAAAAACAAAAGUGCAAAGAUUUUAUUGAUACAGAAACUGAGAAGCAGUGAUGGUUGGAAAAGAGCUUGUACCAACUGCAACAAUCAAGUUCUUUGGUGCAGGGACAGCUGCCUGCAUAGCUGACCUGAUCACCUUUCCCCUGGACACAGCUAAAGUCAGAUUACAGGUCCAGGGAGAGAAUGUGAAAGUAGAAGGAGCUAAUGCAACAAAGUAUCGGGGAGUGUUUGGCACCAUAGCCACUAUGGUCCGCACUGAGGGUCCCAGGAGUCUAUACAAUGGACUGGUGGCAGGACUACAAAGGCAGAUGAGCUUUGCUUCAGUCCGAAUCGGCCUUUACGACUCCAUGAAGCAGUUCUACACUCGAGGCACAGACAGUGCGGGAAUUGUGACCAGGCUCAUGGCGGGCUGCACCACAGGGGCUAUGGCUGUAGCAUUUGCUCAGCCUACUGAUGUGGUGAAAGUGCGCUUCCAGGCGGAGGUCCGAGUGGGAGACUGUGAGAGAAGAUACAACAGCACAAUAGAUGCUUAUAAGACCAUUGCUCGAGAUGAGGGCGUUAGAGGACUUUGGAAAGGGUGUAUGCCAAACAUCACUCGUAAUGCCAUAGUGAACUGUGCAGAGCUGGUGACUUAUGACAUGAUCAAAGAGCUUAUUCUGAAGUACGACCUCAUGACAGAUAACCUGCCCUGCCACUUCACUGCUGCCUUUGGGGCAGGUUUCUGCACCACAGUGGUGGCCUCUCCUGUGGAUGUGGUCAAGACACGUUUCAUGAACUCAGCAGCUGGACAGUACGGCAGUGCCAUCAACUGUGCCUUCAUCAUGUUAAAGAAUGAAGGACCCAAGGCUUUCUACAAAGGAUUCAUGCCAUCUUUCCUCCGAUUGGGAUCCUGGAAUAUUGUGAUGUUUGUUACAUAUGAACAAAUCAAAAGAGGGAUGACCCGAGCGCAGCAGUACUGGGAGUCACCAUUUUGACACACAGAAACUCAGCAUGGUUUUUAGAAAUGAAGCAAAACAAUUUACAGUGACCCCAGGGGCUGGAAGUGACCAGUAGUGAAAUAAGCAAAGAGGUACCAGCAGAAAUCCUGAACAGAGCAGUGACUAUAUCAAGGAAAAGCAUAAGCUGUUAUAGUAGCACUGUGAACAAGGUCAUUAACUCUGGAUGCCAAAUGAUGGAAGAAGCUUUAGGGAACUUUUCAGGGAAUCUAAGCUCUUAAAUGAUAAUUCAGGUUUGAAAAUUCUGUAAUUCCAGUAAAUGUUACGCACAAAGUAAACCAGCAGGCUGGUUACGAUAGAGAUCUGUUUACAUGUAGUGUAUUUUAUUUAAAUUUUAAUAUUUUGUAUGUUAUGUAUUGUUUAUAUCUUUAAUU